CAUCCCCACAGGGCCCCCAGCCAGAGAAUGGCUGCAGAAAAUCACUCUACAGUCACAGAGUUCAUUCUUGGAGGUUUAACCAGUCGGCCAGAGCUCCAGCUCCCCCUCUUCCUCCUCUUUCUUGGGAUCUACUCCAUCACCAUGCUAGGGAACCUGGGCAUGAUCACACUGAUUUGGCUGAGUGCUCAGCUUCACACCCCCAUGUACUACUUCCUCAGCAAUCUGUCACUCGUGGAUCUCUGCUACUCUUCUGCCAUUACCCCAAAGAUGCUGGUGAACUUUGUGUCAGAGAAGAACACCAUCUCCUACACAGGGUGCAUGUGCCAGCUCUACUUCUUCCUUGUGUUUGUCAUUGCUGAGUGUUACAUGCUGACAGUGAUGGCCUAUGACCGCUAUGUCGCCAUCUGCAGACCUCUGUUUUACAACACCAUCAUGUCUCAUCAAGUCUGCUCCCUGCUGGUGGUCACCGUCUAUGCCAUAGCACUCAUUGACUCAACCGUAGAGACUGGCCUCAUAUUGAAACUGUCCUAUUGUGAGCCCCUCAUCAGUCAUUACUUCUGUGACAUUGUUCCCCUCAUGAAGCUCUCCUGCUCUAACACCUAUGAUGUUGAGACGACAACUUUCUUUUUGGCUGGAUUCAACAUUGUAGUCACUGGCUUAAUGGUCCUCAUUUCCUAUGCCUUCAUCCUGUCCAGCAUCCUCCACAUCAGCACCACAGAGGGAAGGUCCAAAGCCUUCAACACCUGCAGCUCCCACGUUGUGGCAGUUGGGAUAUUCUAUGGAACAAUGGCAUUCAUGUACUUGAAACCCUCCACAGCCAGUUCCCUGGCCCAGGAGAACGUGGCCUCUGUGUUCUACACCACAGUCAUCCCCAUGCUGAACCCCCUCAUCUACAGCCUGAGGAAUAAGGAAGUAAAGGCUGCCAUGCAGAAAACUCUGAGAGGAAAACUUAAUUGAUGCAAAUGUUAUUUUUCCUUCU